UUUGAUAGAUGUCGCUGCUUGUAUAGCUUCGGCUUUUUGCAAAAUAAAAAAGAGUUACUACUGUAGCAAAGUUAAGUCGCACAAAAGUCCUGCAACUUUUGUUUGACAGAUAGCGCACACCGUUAAUACUGCUAGAUCCUGCGUUGUUUGUAUCAUCGUCUGUCAACGCUGAGAUUCGUUUUGCUUUUUGCUUUGGCUUGAGCUCCGGCACUGGCUCGUUCGUUUUUGCUUUGCGUUUUAUGGGGUUUCUCUUUUUAUCUGAUCCGUAAUGCCGCGUACAGUUGAAUGUUCGCAAUCUCAAUCCAUCCACAUCCUGGUAAAGUGGUGUGGAAUGCAGAUGUGGGACGUCUAUCCCAUACACGCCCUUCAGGAUGAAGAACUCAAACAAGUCCUUGUUCUCAACGGCGUCCAGGAAAACAAGGGGAGGUUGGUGCAGGUGGCAUGGUCCAACGGCGACGAACCUGCUCCCGCGCUGCUUGUAGAUGUCGGGACGCCAGCUGACAUGGAGAGGUUGAGAAAAAAAGUCGAGGGCAAACAUCGAGACGAUCAACCGAAUCAGGUGGAGCAGGAAUUGCUGCGUGUGCUUAAGGAGAGCGAAGCUCGCAAGAGGGAAAAUGUGACCUUGAAAGAAAAAGUGGAUAGUCUAUCUAACAUCCAUGCCUUGUCUUCCGAGAUGCAAGCAACUGUUCAGGACCUGAAGAGGCUACACAAGAAGACCCGAAAACUGCUCUCAAAAGAAGCAUUGCCAGAUGAGACGGUGGAGCUGGUCGCCAAAUCUGGUGUGUUCAUCAGUUCGCCUGCUCUCAGCCGCGCAAAAUCAAUGAGUGGUGGUAAUGGCUGCCGGCUUGCAAGAGAUUUGAUGCGCUUACUCUUCGACCGAGAGGAGCUUCUGGGAAAGUCCAUGACUGGCACACAAUGCAAUGCCCACAAGAAUACCCCUGCCAAGGCACAGGUGGACCCUGAACGCAUGGGAGCGGUCCUAGAAUACUGCCGCACAGCGUGCCCGGAGACAGAGAUGUCCAAAAUAAAGCAGAGUGUACGCACUUUCCUCCAGAGACUUAACUUCUCAGAAUGA